GUACUGGAGGUCCAUACCCAGCCUAGCAGCCUCGUCGCCGGCGCUUCCCGGCACAGAGGACGUCUGGAUCCGCAAUGAGGUGAAGACCGUUCGGAAGCUCCGCGACGCACGCGCGAUGCGUCUGCACCAGGAGCCAGAGAUUCCCGAGGUACCCUCUCCCAGACAUAUCCUGGAGCGAGCAUCGAAGGCCAGCAGCCAGAUCGUGAAGCGGGUGAAGGAGCCGAUGGCCCACCGCUCCCAGAAGGAAUGGGUACAGCUGGGUGGAGGCGGCUGGUGCAAUAUCGGUGAGUAUGGAUUGUCCCGGCCUCCCUACGACAACUGCGGCCGCUGGCGUCAGCUUCCUGAGCGCUUGCCCAGGGGCUCGGGUUAG